UCAUUCAAAAAAGAGUAGACCAGCAACUUCAACACAUACAAAGGCAUCGUGAUCAAAUAUGAAGGUUUUGUACAGUGUUGUUAUCCUUGCUGUAAUUGCCACAGUUCAGGCGACAUUGACUGAUGAGCAAAAAGCUAAGCUAAAGCAACACCAGGACGAAUGUCUAAAAUCGUUUCCAGCAGAUAAACUACUUCUUGAAAAAGCACGCAAAGGGGAUCUUGCAGAUAAUAAAACUCUAAAGGAUUACUUGUAUUGCGUCAUUGAAAAAUCUGGAUUUAUUACACCCGAUGGAAAAAUCCAGACAGCCGUACUUGAAACCAAACUAGCAUCAGUAACUGCUGCCGAAAAUGCGAAGAAACUUGUUGCAAAAUGUACCUCCCAGAAGAAUUUAGACAAAAAGGAAUCGGCAGAAGCAAUUUACAAAUGCGUCUACAACGAAACUAAAUUCAGUUUAAUUUAAGAUAUUUCUCUUUUUAAUAAAUGCAUGAACUGAAUCGUUAUGAUUUAUGUACUGAAAUUUCAUAAAAUGUACUGUUAUUGGCAAUAAUCAUAGUGCAACAAACAUUAGAUACUGUUAUAAGAG